UCGAUCUGGUUCAGAUUUGUAGUCGAAUGUACAUUUUUUUCAUUACCAUACGACUGGUUUACAUUGUAAAAAGCUAGUCCACAACCCUUAUAUAACAAUUCAAAACUGCCAAAAAAAUCUAAAGCGACAUCCCCAUAAUCUGAUUGUAAUCCAAAAUAGAUUACUCAGUCAACAUAUUGUCAUUUUGUGAGCCUCCUUGUCAUCUUGAUCUGUUAUAGCCGGCGACACAUAUUGUAAUGCUACAGUUUUUGCCGCCAGCCUUUUGGACUUCAAGGAGAUUUGGCGCGUGAGUCCAAAAUCUUUGAUUCCCUUUAAUACAAUCUCCAAAAUUUGCAGAUCUAUUGGCAGCAAAUUGGGGACAUGGGUCAUGAUUAUCUGCACUCUUUUGGGCCUCCUGGCAUUUGUAUUUGGGCUGCUUGCAGAGAUCACCAAAACAGAGACUGUGUGGAUUACAGGGGAGGUGGGAAGUGGGGGUUAUGUAAGGUGCAUGUAUGUUGACAGUGGUAGGUCAGCUCUUGUCAGUGGGGUGGGGUCAAUGUUGGCUAUGGGGGUGGCAAUGGGUAUAGGCCAAGCAUAUAUGUGGAUGGCCCUCUGUACUGCUUCUGCAACUGAUACAUUUCGUCCAUUGGCGGCAUGGACAGAAUCUGAUUCUAACCAUUACACUAUCUUCAGAUGGCAGGCUCUGGCCUCCUUUGUUCUCUCAUGGAUAUCUUUUGCAGUGGCAGCUGUGCUUCUGAUCAUUGGAAUUGCAGUGGAAGCAGGGCAUACAGAAAGACAGAAUGUGGUAAGAUAUAAAUGUACAGUGGUGAGAGAAGGAGUGUUUGCAGCAGCAGGAGUAUUUGGGCUGUUUGCAACUUGUAUGGGAGUUGCAUUCUAUGCUAGUGCAGUACAGACAGAGAGAUUGCAGGAGGAAGAAGACAAUGUACGCAGAGAGAUUAUGGAGCUCACCAUUCACUACACACCAACUUCGCCUCCAUCACCAUCCAUACAACAACAUCCUACCUUUUCUGGUGACCUGCAGAAAUGAUCAUCCCACUGGGCUUUGAUUUAGUGCAAUUUUGGAGCCAUAUUGAACAUUCUUGCUAAUAGCUUCUACAUCUAAACUUCAAAACAAGUUAUGUCCACUUGGUUUAUCUGCAAAUCCUUAUCCAUGGGUCUUUUCAUAUUUUUUAUCCAUUGUACCAGUCAAGACAGUUUAGCUAUUUUUUCCCAAAAAACCUGAAUGGGAUUUGAAAAUCUUUUGUUUGUGCCUUCUACCAUCAUACAAACUCAAUUCCAAAAUCCUUGACCUUGCCUGAAUUUCUACUCUGUACACAAUGGUAGAUUCAAACACUUCUGAGUUGUCAGGGAAUAGAUCAUUGUUUUGGAGAAAGUCAAUGAGGCAAAACCAUAAUGAUGAAAAAUGGCAUUUGCAGAGUGAAUGGAAAGAAGUGUAAUUUGAGCAAGAGGCAGAUUUCAGUUGGAGGAUCAAGUCACAAAUACAUCAACUCCUCAGUUUUCAGUACUUAUUUUGGGCUUCUAUCCAUCAGUAAAAUGGAGGCUUCGGGAAGCAAUGACAAGUUCAUUGUAAUAUUUUUCUUUUGGGAUGAUGGUUAUUUUAGUUUGAUAGGGAAAUUUUUAUUCAGAGGACAUGAGCCAAUAGGUUAGUAUUAAUGUCUAUUAAAAAGGAAAACUCCGGUUGGUUUGUUUAUAGUUUUCACUUUUUAAUUCGAUUAAUUAGUAAAUAAAUAUGAUUAAAUAUAAAUAAUUUAUGAAUAUAAUGUGUA